AAGCCAGUUUUGAAUGCCACAUCCGAGUAGUUGUGUUUAUUUUUAGUAACAUACACUCCAAAUUCAAAUUGAAAAACUACGAUGCACGGCUGACACUUGGCACCGCACAAAGAUUGACAGAGAGAGGUAGAGGUAGACAGAGACAGAGGCGGAGAAAGAGAACGUGUGGGAGUCAUAAAGGAAGAUAAAACUAAGAAUGGAAGGACUAUCGAUGUCAGCUCUGAGCAUGGCCAUUCUCCUACACUCGGUCAUGGGCGUCUCAUACUAUUUUCUGCUCGCCCGCUGCUCGCCGGCUCCUUUGCUAGGCAGCUGGCUGUUUGUGGCAUGCAUCGGUGCUGUGCUGCAAGCGGUGCACAUAUUUCCGCAAUGGUGUCGCAAUUGCUCGAUCCUCUUCCGCCUGGCCAUGGAGACGCUAAUCUGCUGCCUAACACUCGAUCUGAUGCUCACGAAAUUGUGGUGCCGCAUUGAAUCGUUAUGCCAUUGUGCCAUCAUUGGCAUCCUGCAGCUGCUGGUCAACGACGAUCACACCUUUGCCGCCUGCGAAUAUUGGCUGUUGGGUCUUAUCACCAGCGUCAUUGGUUGCUGUCUCCUCUGGCUGACACUCUGGGCCACCGCAUUGCCCAGCAAACUUCAUCUGGGCUACAGCAAUUGGCAGCGCAGCGUUAAACGAUCAAUGCAUCAUAAUCUUUGCCACUUGGCUUUUGGCUCAACAGAUCUGCAUAGCAGCCGGCCAGUGCGAUGUGAGGAGAGCCAAGAAAGCUUUGUCAGCUGAGUGUGAGCAGCUCAGUCACAUCAAUCACAUUUCAAGCACUCUCAUCUGACUUCAAUUGACAACAAUUUGGCUAUGCACCUCUUUCCCAUUUUCCCUUCAAGUUGGACAUUGCUGCUAAGACAAAAUUUUACCAUAUUCCUAUAGAUGAUGAGUUCUUAAAUUAUUGAUUUAAAAAUACAAUUUUUACCGAGUUAAAAACA